AUGAACAGAAUAAUUUUAAACCAUUACCGGUGUUUAAAAAGAUCAAGUAUUCUAUGGGAGAACAAACAGUUUCAAAAUAUACCUUACAUUACUCUUUCAAGGUCACUGUCAUAUUACACAACUCAUCCACUCAGAUUGCAGCAUGAUGUUACACAGAAACCUCUCAACUCACAAAUUCACUUUGACUAUCCACCUUGUGGUAGAUUCAUAUCCACAACAAAUUGCUGCUAUGAAAAAGAACCCUUAAAGCCCUCCUCAAAAGUUGAAGCUACAGUGGUCAAUCUUAAGAAAGAAAUUGAAGAAAAAGAGAAAUUGCCUAAGAAGGAAGUAGUCAAGAAAAGUAUAAAGGAGCGCAUCAAGGAUGAAUUAAAGCAUUACUACCAUGGUUUCAGGCUUUUGUUCAUAGAAAUAAGAAUAUCUACAUCAUUGCUAUUUCGAAUAUUAAAAGGUCAUUCCCUCACAAGACGUGAGCACAGAUUGUUAGUUACAACAAUUGGAGACCUGUUUAGAAUGGUACCUUUUAUUGUGUUCAUAGCUGUCCCAUUCUUAGAGUUUGCACUGCCUGUAUUUAUAAAAUUGUUUCCCAAUAUGCUGCCAUCCACGUUUGAAAGCAGUAGUCAAAAAGAGGCAAAGCUUAAGAAGCAUUUAAAGGUUAAGCUGGAAAUGGCAAAAUUUUUUCAAGAGACCUUAGAUCAAAUGGCACCGCAAGCUAGCAAUAGACAUUCUGAACUAGCCAAAGAAUUUUCAAAUUUCUUCAGCAGGAUCCGUACAUCGGGUGAUGUUGCAACCAGUGAGGAGAUCAUGAAAUUUUCUAAAUUGUUUGAAGACGAAAUUACAUUAGACUCUCUACAAAGGCCUCAUUUGGUUGCUUUAUGUAAGGUUUUAGAUGUUUCAACUAUAGGCACAAGUGCUAUGCUACGAUUCAAUUUGAAAAUGAAAUUACGAUCUUUAGCAGCUGAUGAUAAAAUGAUUGCUAAGGAAGGUGUUGACAGUUUGAAUUUUAGCGAAUUGCAGCAAGCGUGUCGGGCACGAGGUAUGAGAGCAUAUGGUGUAUCUGAAGAGAGGUUGAGAAAAGAAUUGAGGAAUUGGCUUGAUUUGUCAUUAAAUGAGAAAGUACCACCAUCCUUACUGCUACUAUCAAGAGCUCUAAUGGUACCAGAACAUGUGCCCACAACAUACAAACUCAAGGCCACCAUAUCAGCAUUACCUGAACAAGUAGUCACACAAACUAAAGCUGCUAUAAGUGAAAAGGAAGGAAAAGUUGACUUCAAGGCUAAAGCGGAAGCAAUUAAAUUGGAAGAAGAGAAGAUUAAAGAAGAAAUGAAAGAGACACAAGAGGCAGAGCGAGAAAAACAGUUGCUUGAAGCAAAGAAGAGAGAGAAAGAAGAGCUCAAGGACAAGGCCAUUAUUAUUGAUGCGGAGAAUACACCAGUGAUGGUAGAUCCUGCUCCAGUUAUUGCAGUGGAUGCUCCCAAACCAAAAUCUGAUGAAGGUUUGUCUGGCAAAGACAUGGAAGUAAUUGAGGAUGCUUUAGAGAAAUUAGCUGAACAAAAGAAGUCUCUGCUACUUGAAAAGGAAAGUAUUCAGGAGUUGAAGUCUGAGCUCCUUGACUACAGUGAGGACGUAAAGGAAAUGCAUGAAAUUGUCAAGACUCAACAGGCGGAUAUAAAGCUAACUAAAGGAGCUAGAAGAUUGUAUCGUGCUUUGAACAACAUGAUAAGCAAGUUAGAUUCAGCGCUAGAAGAGCUCGAAAAUAAAGAGAAAGAGCUAAUAACUACUUUGGAGCAAACUAAAUCCGAGCCGCAGAAGGCUAAGGAUCAUUUGAUCCAGAUUGAUGAACUCAUGCAUUCCAUUAAAAGUCUCCAGAAUGUUCCCAACGAGGCGAAGUUAAAGUUGAUACAGGAUGUUCUUGGUAGACUGGAUGAUGACUUUGACGGACAGUUGAAAAUCGAUGAUGUUUUGAAGAUGUUAGAGAUUGUAGGACACGAAAAUGUGAAUCUGUCAGAAAAACAGAUCAAUGAACUUAUUGAGUUGCUUGACAAAGAGGAGAUACUCGAGGUGGAGAGCAAGAUACAAAAGGCAUUAGACAAAGCGGCCACAGCAGCGAAAGAACAUGACAAGUCCAAUGAAUCUGAGGGCAAGAGUUUAUUUGACAUAAUCCGUGAAGCACAGAAGCGACGAGAAAUGAAAAAGGCGGUAGAGAAGUUCGGAGAGCAGAGGACGAUGCCGAAGAGCGAAAAAAUCGUCACGAAAUCGGAGGAAAGCAGUAAACGACCAGAGAGCCAUUGA